AUGAAGUUCACGCACUCUGCCCUCCUGGCCCUCGCCGCCUCGGCCAUGGCCGCGCCCUCUGCCACCACCAAGGAGCAGCCGCGCCAGGCCGGCGCCUGCUCCUCGGCCGUUUCCCUCGACGCCAAGACCAACGUCUUCAAGAAGUACACCCUGCACCCCAACGACUUUUACCGGUCCGAGGUCGACGCCGCCGCGGAGCAGAUAUCCGACUCCAGCCUGGCCGCUGCUGCCAAGAAGGUUGGUGACGUCGGUAGCUUCCUGUGGAUGGACACCAUCGAGAACAUUGGCCGCGCUGAGAAGAACAUUGCCGAUGUUCCUUGCGACCACAUCAUGGGUCUCGUCGUCUACGACCUUCCCGGCCGUGACUGCGCCGCCAAGGCCUCCAACGGUGAGCUGAAAGUCGGCGAGAUCAGCAAGUACAAGUCUGAGUACAUUGACCGUAAGUAUUUCCUCUACACCCCGUUUCUAAGCCUCAUUCGAUACGGAGGGAAGAAAGGAAAGAAAGCUGACAAGAGGAAAAACCAAACAGCCAUCGUCAAGAUGCUCAAGGCCCACCCCAACACCGCCUUCGCCCUGAUCAUCGAGCCCGACUCGCUCCCCAACCUGGUGACCAACGCGGACCUGCAGACCUGCAAGGACUCGGCCGCCGGCUACCGCGACGGCGUUGCCUACGCCUUCAAGCAGCUCAACCUGCCCAACGUCGUCAUGUACGUCGACGCCGGCCACGGCGGCUGGCUCGGCUGGGACGCCAACCUCAAGCCGGGCGCGCAGGAGCUCGCCAAGGUGUACAAGAACGCCGGCAGCCCCAGCCAGGUGCGCGGCUUCGCGACCAACAUCGCCGGCUGGAACUCGUGGGACGAGAGCCCCGGUGAGUUCUCCACGGCGUCCGACGCCAAGUACAACAGCUGCCAGAACGAGAAGACGUACGUCGAGAAGUUUGGCGCCGCGCUCAAGUCGGCCGGCAUGCCCAACCACGCCAUCGUCGACACGGGCCGCAACGGCGUCACGGGCCUGCGCAAGGAGUGGGGUGACUGGUGCAACGUCAACGGUGCCGGCUUCGGCGUCCGCCCGACGGCCGACACGGGCCUUGAGCUCGCCGACGCCUUCGUCUGGGGCAAGCCCGGCGGCGAGUCCGAUGGCACCAGCGACACGAGCGCCACCCGCUACGACAGCUUCUGCGGCAAGGACGACGCCUUCAAGCCCUCGCCCGAGGCCGGUACCUGGAACCAGGCCUACUUCGAGAUGCUCCUCAAGAACGCCGUUCCCUCGUUCUAA